UAAAGCAGAUAUAUUAUUAAAACAAAUUAAUAUUUCAACUCAACCUAUUAUUGAAUCUCAUUCACUAACAUAUCAUACAAGUCGAUUAUUUGAUCUUAAUAAAUUAAAUGAAGAGAAAAAAGAGAUUGUUGAUUAUAAAAAUGAUCUGUAUGAUAAAUCUGAUAAAUCAGAAAACAGUCAAAAUAUUCAAAGUAUUAGUAAUUAUUUAAAUGAUUUUUUAAUUUUAAAUGAAUAG